AAAAUCAUUAAAGGUUAUUACACAUCAAUAGGACAAUAAUAAUAAAAUAAAAAGCAAUGGUGCCAAAGAAAUUCGAGGCUUUAUAGGCACUCUUUGUUUUUUUUUUUUUACGUAAUAAUGGUAUUCUUUUCUUGAAGCUCAAGCGGGUCUUUUCAAUGGAGUAGGUGGGGACCUUAGGAAGGAACCAAUUUCUCUUCAUUCACUGAAAAUAGUCAUAAACACUAGAAAUGCCUGUUUAGCUUUUCAGUUUCAAUCACCUGCCAAUUUUGUGUUUGGUAUUACAACUUCCUUCGAGUCUUUGAUACUGCAACUCCACUUUCAAUAACCGAUCAAUUCUUCAAUUGGUCGAAUUUUCUGCUGAAAAUUUUGAUCAUCCUCUCUUUGUGAUGGAAAUUGCAUCUGCUAUUGGAGGUGCUCUUCUAGCACCUGCCUUUGAGUCUUUGUUUAAUAAGUUGGCUUCCAAGGACUUGCUCAAUUAUGCCCGUGAAGGACAUGUGCUGACUGAAAUCAACAAGUGGAAGGAGAUGUUGGAGAGCAUCUGUGGCGUUCUUGAGGAUGCAGAGGAGAAGCAGACGGUGAGCAAGCCGGUGAAGAUGUGGGUAAGACAGUUGAGGAACCUGGCGUAUGAUUUGGAGGACAUUCUUGAUGAGUUUGAUUUUGAGGCUCGUCGAUCCAAGUUGAAAGCUGAACCUGUGGCUGGUUCAAGUAAGGUGCGAAAGCUCUUCCAUAAUAUUCGUGCGGUCAAAUUCAAUAAAGAGAUGAUUUCCAAGAUAAAGGGAAUUAGUUCCCGACUAGAAGAUAUCACCUCACGAAGAAAUCAACUAGAUUUGAAAGAAAGGCCCGGUAGAAAGAGUGAAAGGAUUCCUGCGACGUGCUUGGUGAAUCAAGCCGAGAUUUAUGGGAGGGAGAAAGAUAAGAAGGCGAUUCUUGAACUUUUGAAUUCUGAAUCAAGUGAUAGAAGGGUUGCUCUGAUUUCUAUAGUUGGACUGGGAGGUGUUGGUAAGACAACUCUAGCGCAGCUUAUCUUUAAUGAAGCUGGAGAGAAGUUUGAUUUGACGGCUUGGGUUUCUGUCGGUGAAGAUUUUGACGUGGUUAGACUUACAAAAACAGUUCUUCAGUCGGUCGGUGGAGAUCUUACUUCCAACGAUUUGAAUUCGCAUCAAUUAGACCUGAAGGCAAGGCUGUCAGAGAAGAAGUUUUUUAUGGUUCUAGAUGAUGUUUGGAACGAGAAUUAUGACCAUUGGACAAUCUUUCUUCGCCCCUUUGAGAAUGGGGCAAACAAUCUUUCUUCGCCCCUUUGA